AUAGGCCGGCCUCACCAGCUCAUUCUUUGUGGGAACGAUGUUGUCCUUGUCAAUGUCACCCCACAAAAUGCUUAACAUUUCUCAAUUCCCUUCAUCUUCUUUAUCCUUUUUCUUCUGCUUCUAAACUCACCAACCAAAACCUUCUCAUGGCGCAUAUGCAUAUGCUACACUGCUUCUGUCUUCUCAUCCUCUUCACUUGCUUUUGGCCUUCACUCGCUGACAAUGCUCAAGUUCUGAUAAACUUCAAGAGAUUCUUGUCCAAUGCUGAUGCUUUAAGCAACUGGGGGAACCAAUCUAUUGGUGUGUGUAGCUGGACUGGUGUACUGUGUUUCAAUCAGAGUUUUCAUGGCUUGAGAUUAGAACACAUGGGACUCGGUGGCACUGUUGACGUAGACACGCUGCUUCAGUUGUCUAAUUUGAACAGCUUUAGUGUCAUCAACAACAACUUUGAGGGUCCAAUGCCUGAAUUCAAGAAGAUUGUGAGUUUAAGGGCUUUGUUUCUGAGCAAUAACAAGUUCUCUGGUGAAAUCCCAGAUGAUGCUUUUGAUGGCAUGAUACGUCUCAAGAGAGUGUUCUUGGCUGAAAAUGACUUCACGGGUCAUAUUCCCACGUCCUUGGUCGAAUUGCCUAAACUUUUGGAUGUGGAUAUACAUGGAAAUAGUUUUGAAGGAAACAUACCAGAAUUUAAACAGAGUGAUUUCAGAGUGUUUAAUUUGUCUUACAACAAGUUAGAGGGUCGAAUACCAGAAAGCUUAAGCAGCAAGGAUCCAACUUCAUUUGCUGGUAAUCAAGGUCUAUGUGGAAGUCCUCUAAGCCCCUGCGUUGGAAACCCCACCCCACCCGCGAAACCUGAUCAACCACCAGAUUCAAAUACAGGGAAAGAAAACAAGAAAAAACGCAUUAUUUUAACAGUUAUUGUAGUGGUGGGGGUGAUUGUGCUGGCUUCAAUACUAGCACUCGUGAUCAUCCGUUACCGUCGAAAGAAACCCGUGCUGGUCAAAGAUGCACAACCCCAACCCCAGAACGUUACUCCGUUUUCUAGCGAGUCCAAAUCCAUUGUUGUGACAGCUGAAUCCAAGAAAAGUGAAGACGGAGGGUUGAACUUCGUUGGGAACGAGAGGGAGGGAAUUGACCUGCAAGACCUGCUAAGGGCCUCGGCUGAAGUUCUGGGGAGUGGCAGUUUUGGAUCCACGUACAAGGCCAUGCUUCUGAACGGGCCGGUGGUGGUGGUGAAGAGAUUCAAGAACAUGAACGACGUGGGGAAGAAAGAGUUUUUUGACCACAUGAACAGGCUCGGAAAAUUGUCACACCCGAAUCUACUCCCUCUCGUUGCAUUCUACUACGGAAAAGAAGAGAAGCUUUUGGUUCAUGACUUUGCUGAAAAUGGCAGCUUGGCCAGUCAUCUUCACGGAAGGAGUGGUGUUGAGUUGAACUGGGGAACUCGUUUGAAGAUCAUAAAAGGAGUGGCGAGGGGAUUGGCAUAUCUGUACAGGGAGUUCCCCAACCAAGCUUUACCGCACGGUCAUCUGAAAUCGUCGAACGUUGUACUGGACGGUUCCUUCGAGGCUCGUUUGGCGGAGUACGGACUUGUGGCGGUGGUGGAGAAGAGCCAUGCUCAGCAGUUCAUGGUGGGUUACAAGUCUCCAGAGGCGAGCCAGUUUGAGAAGCCGAGCGAGAAGAGCGACGUGUGGUGUCUGGGGAUUCUGAUACUGGAGCUUCUGACGGGGAAGUUCCCUGCGAGUUAUCUGAGGCAUGGGAAGGGAGCGAGUGAGGAUUUGGCGGCGUGGGUGAACUCCAUAGUGAGCGAAGGGUGGAGCGGGGAGGUGCUUGAUAAGGGGAUUCCUGGGAGAGGGAACGGAGAGGGUGAGAUGGUGAAGCUGUUAAGGAUUGGAAUGGGGUGCUGCGAAUGGAGCUUGGAGAGUAGGUGGGGUUGGAAGGAGGCUGUGGCAAAGAUUGAGGAGUUGAAGGAGAGUGAUGAUGGUGGUGAAGGUGGAAGUGAAGGGGAUAAUCUCUACUCACUUUCUACCAGUCUCGAUGACUUCUCUCUCUCGCACUCUAUUUCAUGAUCAAUGGAUGUUCCUCGUCUUCGUUCUUCACCAGUGUUCUUCGUAUCUGGCUUUCAAACUGUUCAUUUAUUUUGUAUAAUACAAUUUUUAGCCUUGGAUUACGUAAUAAGUUGUUGGUGUUGAGAUGAACUGUGUUAGCUCCGUAAAACUUUCAAAGUUGA